AUGGAUUUCGAUAUUGAUGCUGUUCUUGAUCAAUUGGAAAAGACGCUCAAUCAAUCGGAUCAUGAAGAGAAAGAAUCAAAUACACUUAGUCAAACAUCUUCAUCACCUUCAACUUCUAAGAAAUCAGUUGAUGAAUUACUUUUACUCGAACUUGAUCCUCUUGGAAAUCCAGACAAUCAUAAUAACAAUGAUAAUAAUCAAGAAAAUGAUGAUAAAAUUGAACGUCUUAAAAAAGAUCUUCAAGAAUUAUAUGCAUCAUCAAUUGUGGUCGAUACACCAUCAAUAUAUAUACCUGCUUUACCUGAUGUUAUUGUUCAACAAGAAGACUCUUUAUCAACAUCAUUACCAUUUGCUGUUGAACAACUUGAAUUGGAAGUACGACAAGAAAUUUUACAACAUACUCUUGAUCAACCAUCAUCACCUGAUUUAACAACUGUUGCAAAUAGUCAUCAUGAUGAUAACAAAGAAACAGCUUUAUUUUCAACAUCAACAAGUUCGAGUGAAGAAGAAGAAGAAGAAGAAGAAGAAGAAGAAGAAGAAGAAGAAGAAGCUUCAUCACCUUUACCAGUAAUUGAAACUACACAAACAUCAAGUAAUUUAACAUAUCAAACUGAACCUGACCUUAUUCAACAUGAAACGCCACCAUCAAAGAUAUCAGGAGUUUUACAUAGUGUUGAUAGUAUUGUCAAUGCACCAAUGGGAACUAAUCUUGACGAUUUUAUCACUUCUGAUCCAUCAAUGAAUGAAACGGCAGCACUUCAAUCAUCUUCUGAAGAUGUCUUCACUGCAUGUAAUGAUAGUGAUGAAAAAUCUAUUCAAUCACCAUCUGAAGAACCUAUAGUGGAUACUGAAAUAUCUUCAUUAUCUUCUUCUCCAAUGACCAAAUUAACAACGGCUGUACCUACGCAAGAUUUUGAUCUUGUUAAAAAUAUUCUAUCAGAAAUUUUUGAUAAAAAUGAUGAAGAAAUACUUGAUGAAAAUCCAAUUGAAGAAAAAGAAUCUGAAUUAGUUAAUAUUGAACAACAAGAAAUAUCUCAACAAUCAGCAUCAAUGACGACAAGUAAUGAUGAAGAUUUUCGUUUUCUUGAUGAAAUGCUUGCAAGUAUCGAUGGACCAGAUGUUGAUAUUCAUCAAUUAACUCCAGCUGAAAUUGAUCGAGUUGAUAAUUUACUCAAAGAAAUUGUUAAUGCACAUCAAACAGAAGAAAUGUCACCAUCGUCAAUAAUUAACGAAAUUGAACCUUGUCCACCUCCAUCUCCUCCUCCUCCUCCUGCUCCUUCUUCUUCUUUAGAACGACCAUCAUCACCACCAACUGAAUCUUUGCUUUCAUAUACAUCCCAACCGGUAGCAGCUGCAGCCGCAACUUCAACAGUACCUGUCGAUGAAGAGUUGAUACGUGUUGAACAAGAAUGGGCUAAAUUAACUGAAGAAGAGAAAACACUUGGUUCAGUUGCACCCGAAUGGGUUAACGAUGAUCAAGCACCUGUAUGCAUGAAAUGUUCAGCUAAAUUUUCAAUAACUCGUCGUCGUCAUCAUUGUCGUGCAUGUGGAAAAGUUUUUUGUUCAACAUGUUGUUGGCAAAAAGUUAAAUUAAUUCAUGGUGAUAGUAAAGAAGAUCGAGCAUGUAAUGAUUGUAUUAAAACUAUUAAUAAUGUUGAAUAUUUAUGGAAUUAUAUGCGUAAUAAUCAAAAACCUCGUUCAUCUGUACUACGCAAAAAAACAGGUAAGAGUUUAAAACAAUCAUUAUCAUCAAUGUACAUUCGAUGUUGA